AUGGACCGGUCUAGCAAGACAUCGAGCCCAACGCCCACAUCACCGCGACCUGUGGUAAAGAAUAUCCUCAAAAAUGUUGAGAGUCAUGUUCGUCUCAUGUCUCACCUUGAGAAUACCUCCACCUCUUCCAGUUACACGGCACUACGUCUCAAGGAUACACAGACAGACACAUGGUCUGAGUCAUUUAACGUUACACGUGUACAUCGUGCGACCCCAACUAAUACAUUCUAUCAAGAGUUGAUCGCACCCUGCGUGGCUAACAGUAUGGCGGGGCAAAGUUAUUUAUUUUUAGUCAGUGGUCCAUGUGAAAGUGGCCGUAGUCAGACGCUCUACGGUAGUCCACAUCACAGUGAAAAAGGUAUUAUUGAACUCACUGCAGAAGAUCUACUACGAUAUACGAAAACGACGAUAGGGGAUGGAGAAGAAAAUAACGGUCGUCGCGCAACUGUAACUCACUCCGCAUUCGUUACACGUGGAUCACAAAUGUUGGAGACUGUUACUGGUGAACCUGUGCCUAUUGUAGAGUUUCCACCACCUCUCGGACCUACGGCAUUACCACAUAUGCAGUUACUUGAAUCCGCUCCUAAUGCUGUACAAAUACCGGUAAAGAAACACAUGGAUACCUCUUGUAUUGUACAGUUUCAAAUCUAUGCGCCAGUGGAUGCAGCUGGAAGGCGUUCAAUGGGAACGAUAACUUUUGUAGAUGUUGCCGCCUUUCGUCCACCAUACUGCAGUGAAGUUCGUCAUCUUGUUGAAACUGUUCGUCGUGUAGCUGGUCUUUCAAAUAGUGGAGAUCCUUGCUUUAAACAGACAAAACUAACAUCUUUAUUGGAACCAGCACUUGUGGGAUACAUUACACUUAUGUCCAUUACAACUAUAAGUGGACGAGCAGAUCUACAUGAGCCCGCAUGUGGGGCUCUUCGCUUUGCCGAAUCCAUUAGUCGCAUUCAUCAAGUACUCAUGCUUGUACACAUCAAUACCCCCAAGUGGUUAAUGGAAACGGCAGAGAGAUUAGAAGAACUACGAAUGCAACGUGAACGAUUAUUUGCGGAACAGUAUGCCCGAGGUGUGUAUGAUUUUUACCUCAUUGCCAAUAAAUGGCUCGCGGAACAUGUGGCGGAUGUUGAUGGUACAUUUGAUAAAUUGCUUGAAGAAACAGAACGUGUUCGUGAAGAGGUUGCACGGGAGGUAGAAACUCAAGCGAAAGAGCUUCAGGCACGCAUAGAGGAAGAGGAAGAAGAGUGUGCGGUACAGAUGGAGGAAGCACGUGCAGCUGAGGCUGUAGCCAACACACAUUUAGAGGAAGUAAAGCGAUUAGAUGAAACGAUUGCGGCAUUAGAUCAGCAAUUAACACAAGGAGAUUUUUACAGCGAUCAUAAAAUUAGUGAAAUGCGAAUAGAAAUCUCUACAUUAGAGAAUGAGACAAAUAUGCAACGACAGGAAUUGACCCAGUUGGAAAAAGAAGAAAAACUCUACGCCAGUAAAUACAGAGAAGUAGUAGAUGUACUUGAAAAGUAUGCAGAAGAUCUUGCCAUGGCACAAAUGCAUUUUAUCCAUGCUACUGAAAUGAAUGAUAUUAACCAAAAGAAACAACAACUUGAAGCGGAUCUUGAACUCGCCUCACGAGUGGCACAACGGGCAACAGAUAAUCUUCGCGUUGAUCGUGAGCGUCGGUCAAAGUUAUCACGUUUGACGAUGAUGGAACAAAAAGUAGAGGCACUUCGUGAACGGGUGAACCCUAACAGGAACAGUACCAGUAAUACCAAUAACCGCAACAGUGUUAGUUGCAACAAGACUGAACGAUGUGAAGAAUCCGUUUCACAAUCACCAGGGAAUAGACGACGGCGGUAUGUAAGCCCUAGAUAUUCGGCGAUAUAG